GCAAGAUGGCGGCGCCCAGCGGCGGCGAUGGCGGCGCCCAGUACUGCCUGGUGAGCGGCAUCCCGGCCGCGCUGCGCUCCGCACAGCUCCGAGCCUACUUCAGCCAGUUCCUGGAAGCCGAUGGUUUCCUCUGCUUCCACUACCGCCACCGCCCCGAGCGCCUGCCGGCCGGCGGCUCCGAGCAGCCCGCGGCGCCCCGCACCUGCUGCUGCCCGGUGUCGGUGCGGCCCGGCCGCGCCCGCCGCCUCCUCCGCAUGUACUCGGGCAAGCGCUGGGUCGGGCCCGCCGGCGCCUGGCUGCCCGGCCGCUGCCUCAUCCGCAGGGUCCGCCUGGGCCCCGCCGCAGGCACAGAGGCAGCUCCCAGCAGCGAGGACAAUACGACUGUGGCUGAAUGUGUCACAGAAGAAGCCCUGAAGCGUCUGCCUGAGCUCAACCCACCCUCCUUCAUGCCCCAGGGGAACGUGGGCACCCCCCUGGCCGUGUUCCUGGGGCUGAUCAGGGCCUGCAGGUUGCCUCCCUGGGUCAUCAAGAAGCUGCAGCUGGAUUUCCCCAAGACAGGCUCCUGCCGGCGCUACGGCAACGUGCCCUUCCAGUACCAGGACACUGAGACAGUCACAGAGGAAGAAAGAGUGUACACUGCCUCUGGAGAGGAGAUCCCAGGGGGAGAGGGACCCCUGACAGAACCUGAGGGGGCUCCUGCAGCCCCUGCUGAGGAGGAAGAGGAGGGGCAGCAGGAGGAGGAGGAAGAGCAGUCGCACUCGGAUGACGACAACGACACAUGUGAGGAGUGGGAGCGGCACGAGGCCCUGCACGAGGACGUGACGCGGCAGGAGCGCGCUCAGGAGCGGCUCUUCGAGGAGGAGAUUGAGCUCAAGUGGGAGAAGGGCGGCUCUGGCCUCGUCUUCUACACAGAUGCUCAGUUCUGGCAGGAGCAGGAUGGAGACUUUGAUGAGCAGACAGCCGAUGACUGGGACGUGGACAUGAGCAUCUACUAUGAUGAAGCUGGAGGGGACAAGGACGCUCGGGACUCGGUGCAGAUGCGGCUGGAGCGGCAGCGCUGGGCCGGCUCCCAGGGCUCUGUCCCAGGGCAGCAGAUCGGCACCUUCGAGAGGCACACCAAGGGCUUUGGCCGGAAGGUGCUGGAGCAGCAGGGCUGGACGGAGGGGCUGGGGCUGGGGAGCAGCAACUCUGGAAUGGCCGAGGCUCUGGACAACGAGGGCCAGAACCCCAGAUGCAAGAGGGGUCUGGGGUACCACGGGGAGAAACUGCCAACAUUCAGCCGUGUGAAGAAGCCCCGUCAGGAUUCUCCCAUCCUCAUCUCCACCAUCUAUGACAGCCCUGACCCAAGGGACAGUGGGGAGCAGCUGCUCAGGAGCCAGCCCCCCACAGCCAUCAAGUACAGGCAGGACAUGGCGUUUGUGCGGGCGCUGCCCAGCUCCAGCACACAGGGACACUGAGCAGGGGCUGCAGUGGGGCCUCUGCACUGCUCCUGCUGCACUCCAGCACAGGCUGGCUCCUGGCCUUGGCUGUGCAGCAGGAUAUUUCUAUGUUUAUUUUUGGAAGAAGUGCAGACUUGUCACAAAAAAAAGUGUGUGAAAAUGAGGGGUCCUGUUCAGUGAGUCACAGAAUCCCACAGUGGUGGGGGCUGGAAGGGCCCUGCAGAGCUGCUCCAGCCCCAGCCCCUGCUAAAGCAGCUUCCCCUGGCUCAGGGGCACAGGAAUAUGUCCAGGUGGGUUUGGAAACCUACUGAGAAGGAGCCUCCACACCCUCCCUGGGCAGCCUGGGCCAGGGCUCCCUCACCUCAGCACCAAAGGACUUGCUCCUCCUGUUCCAGUGGCAUUUCCCAUGUUCCAGCCUGUGCUUGUUCCCCCUUGUCCUGUCACUGGCCACCAUACAACAAAGUGUCACCUCAUCCUCCUGACACCCACCCUUUAGGUGCUGAUCAGUGUUGCUGAGGUGCCCCUGAGCUCAGGCUUCUCUUCCCCAGGCUGAACAGCCCCAGGUCCUGCAGCCUUUCCUCCUCACACCCAUGUUCCAUCCCCUGAUCAUCUUGGUGUCCCUGCACUGUCCUCUCUCCACCAGUCCCCUGUCCCUCUUGAACUGGGGAGCCCAGAGCUGGCCACCAAAGGGGAAAAGUGUUGCUUUUCUAACUGACAAUUUAAAGCUGAUAAUAAUCCCUGGACCAACCAAUCUUAAAAGAACCCAAACCACCAAAAACUCUGUAGGUGCUGAGAGCCAGGGCAGGACAAGCCUAGGCAGGGCCAGCCAUGACAGGGUAACUGUCCCGCUGGCAGCUCGCUGCAACUUCACCUCAUUUGGGUGUGACAAUCCCACACUCCUUGGAGAAACUCAUCAGGGAUGAAAGACAGCCUCCAGAGGGAUUUUCCCCGUAGGGGGUUGUGCUGGUGGGGAA